CAAUAAAAACAAAAGUUGGGCCAAAUCCAUUAGAAGUUAGAACCCGGUUUUGUUCUCCAGCGGGCUAACACCACCAUUUGCACGUCUUGACUCGUCUCCUCCGGCCACUGCAACGUUUUUCGUCCUACCAGAUUUGGCAAUUGGUUUUGUCAAAGGCCAAUUUACACUUCAAUCUCAUCUCCUCCGAGUCCUUGCUUCCUCGCAUUUUCUGAUGGAAGCCCUGCUCUCUUCUUCUUCUUCUUCUGGUGUAACCGCGAAGUACUCAAUUCCUCCUCCGGGUCCACUCCGAUUUACUGGUCAAUCCGUGAGACCAAUACCCGUCCGGAUACUGACGGUGGGCAAGAAGAGGUCAGCCGGGGUGCAACUCAUAGUUGACGAUUACGUUAACAAACUCAGCCACUAUUGCCCGGUUGAGGAUGUUCGGGUGAAAUCCAACCCCAAGAGUGCUCGCGAUCCGACGGUUCAGAUUGAACAUGAGGACCAGGCUUGCAUGCGGUGUAUCAAGUCCCAGGAUGAAUGGGUUGUGCUGUUGGACGAGCGUGGGCUGGAGCUGGAUUCUAUUCAAACGGCUUCAUUCAUUGGGAACGCUUUAAUUGAUGGAGCUCCGAGCCUUCUAUUUUGCAUUGGUGGACCUUAUGGUCAUGGACGACUUUUGCGCCGACGGGCCAAUGUCUCAAUCAAGUUGUCAUCUUUGGUCUUGAAUCAUGAAGUUGCUCUUGUUGUGCUAAUGGAGCAGCUCUAUCGGGCCUGGACCAUUCUUAAAGGCCACAAGUAUCAUCAUCACUGAACAUUAAUUGAUGGUUCAAAAAUUUUUUUUUUUUUCUAAAAAAUAUUAGCCAGUUAAUUGUACCAAUUGUCUAUUGCUAUUUAAGAGAUGCAACCAACUUUCAUUUGCAACAUUAGUCAUAUAGAUUCGGAGCUUUCACGUUAUAAACAGCUAAGUGCUUAAUGUAAUUUUCCAUUUUGAGCUGCAAACUCCAACUAGGAAACAGCCAUCAA